UUUCUCAUUCUAACUUAUUGCACCAGUGCAACAGUGCAGCUAGAAAGAACAGACCAAUAGGUUAGCCUUGUAAUUGUCAAAUUUAUUUCAGUAAGGCAACAAUAAGACAAUUUGUUUGAUUAUCGGCCAGGAAAUAGAUAUCAGAACUUUUAAAAAAAAAGAGAGAAAAAAACAGAACAAAAAGAAAAAAAUGGUCAAUACCAAGGAUGACGAAACAACCGCGAUCACGGAGAAUGGACAGAAAACUGUCAAGCAAUUGCAAAAGGAGGCUAAGAAACUGGCGAAAUUAGAAAAGUUUAAGCAGAAGCAGGAGAAAAAGGAGACCGAGAAGUAUGCAAAUGUGAAAGAGAAACCGGAGAAAAAUGAUAAAAAGAAGGAAACUAUGGCAAUUUUAUAUACCAUUGAUACACCACCUGGAGAAAAGAAAAAUGUCACAUGUCUAAUGCCAGAUACAUACAGUCCACAAUACGUAGAAGCUGCAUGGUAUGCUUGGUGGGAAAAAGAAGGCUUUUUUAAACCAGAAUAUGGAAGAAAAGAUAUACUAGAAGAAAAUCCAAAUGGGAAAUUUACAAUGGUAAUUCCACCGCCUAAUGUAACUGGUUUCUUACAUCUUGGACAUGCUCUGACUAAUGCUGUAGAAGAUGCUAUUACCAGAUGGAAUCGCAUGAAGGGUCGUACAACACUCUGGAAUCCAGGUUGUGAUCAUGCAGGCAUUGCUACCCAAGUAGUUGUAGAAAAAAAGCUAUGGAAGGAAGAAAAGAAAACUCGUCAUGAUAUUGGCAGGGAAGAAUUUAUUAAAAAAAUAUGGCAGUGGAAGUAUGAAAAAGGUGAUCGAAUUUAUUCACAAUUAAGGAAAAUCGGCGGUUCUUUUGAUUGGAACCGUGUUUGUUUUACAAUGGAUCCUAAGUUAUGUAAAGCUGUAACAGAGGCAUUUAUACGCUUACACGAUGAAGGUAUUAUUUAUCGCAGCAAUCGUUUAGUUAAUUGGUCAUGCGCUUUAAAAAGUGCGAUAUCAGAUAUUGAAGUUGAUAAAGUGGAAUUGAAUGGACGGACUCUGUUUUUUAUACCUGGUUACGAAAAGAAGGUAGAAUUUGGCGUUUUGGUGUCUUUUGCUUAUAAGCUCUUUGAUUCCGAAGAGAAAAUAAUUGUAGCGACUACUCGCAUUGAAACCAUGUUGGGAGAUACCGCUAUCGCGGUGCAUCCAAAAGACAGUAGAUACGUGCGAUAUAUUGGAAAAUAUGUGAGACAUCCGUUUUGUGAUAGGCGUAUACCCAUUAUAGCAGACGAGUUUGUCGACAUGGAAUUUGGCACUGGUGCUGUAAAGAUUACGCCUGCUCAUGAUCCGAAUGAUUAUGAAGUUGGAAAAAGGCACAAUCUGCCAUUCAUCAAUAUUUUUGACGAUGAUGGAAACAUCAUUGGGAACUAUGGAGAAUUUACGGGAAUGAAACGAUUUGAUGCUAGAGUGGCCAUCAUUAAAGAGAUGAUGAAAAGAAACUUAUUAAUUGGUAUUAAAGACAAUCCAAUGGUAAUACCUAUAUGUAGUCGAUCGAAAGAUGUUGUAGAACCUCUUGUAAAACCACAAUGGUAUGUUAAGUGUGAUGAGAUGGCUGCUCAAGCUAGGAAGGCAGUGAGCACAGGUGCGCUGAAAAUAAUUCCAGAACAAUUUAAGAAAACUUGGUAUAUUUGGAUGGACAGUAUCAGAGAUUGGUGUAUCUCACGUCAACUUUGGUGGGGUCAUCGCAUUCCUGCCUAUGCAAUUAAGUCUACUCUCUCUAACGUAAACACAAAAAAGAUAGACGAAUACUGGGUGAGUGCGCAUUCUGAAACUGAGGCUAAAGAAAAAGCAGCUAAAAAAUUGGGCAUUAACGUAAGCGAUAUUACUGCAGAGCAAGAUCCCGAUGUAUUAGAUACUUGGUUCUCUUCUGCUCUUUUUCCAUUCUCCAUUUUUGGAUGGCCAGACGAAACUCCUGAACUCAAGGCAUUUUAUCCCGGUACGCUCUUAGAAACUGGACAUGAUAUUCUCUUCUUUUGGGUUGCCAGGAUGGUCUUUAUGGGCCAGAAAUUGUUAGGGCAAUUACCUUUCAAGGAAGUGUAUUUACAUGCGAUGGUGAGAGACGCACAUGGAAGAAAAAUGAGUAAAUCUUUGGGAAAUGUGAUAGAUCCUAUGGAUGUGAUUAAAGGAAUCUCUUUAGAAGAUCUUCAUAAACAAUUGUUAGACUCAAAUCUGGACCCGAAAGAGUUGGAACAAGCUCGAGAAGGUCAAAAGCGCGAUUAUCCGCAAGGCAUUCCUGAAUGUGGGACGGAUGCUUUGCGAUUCGCACUUUGCGCUUAUACCUCUCAAGGACGAGAUAUAAAUCUCGAUAUACUCCGCGUGCAAGGAUACAGAUUCUUUUGCAACAAGAUAUGGAAUGCUACAAAAUUUGCACUUACCUAUCUCGGAUCUCAAUUUAAAUGCGACACAAAUGAUACGAAACACAACGUUAAUUGUAAUGAUAUGAUUGGAGACGGCAAGUGGUACCAGUGGACCUUGAAGGAAUCGUGCGUACAAGAAGCGCUAAAUAAUUAUUUGGCGGAUUAUCCGUACCUUGAUGGCUAUACACCUUCGCAACUCGACUCAUCAGUUCAUUUAUUGUUAAAGGAAUUAAACAUUGAUUUUGCAAGGCAUCCGCACAUUAAACGUUGGUAUGAUCACGUCGGGACGUUUACAAAUGAAGAAAAGGUUGCGUUUCGCACGGAACAAAAUAAAAUAAUACCGAAACUUGCAUGCGUUGGUGAACAUCGACACAAUAAUGACGAUACAUUUGAGCUGACUGGUGAUGAGACAAACGUAGAUUUAUGGAUGUUGUCGCGAGUUAGUUACGCUGCCUCAACUUGCGACGAAGCGAUAAGACAGUAUGACUUUGCAUUAGCUACUUCUACCUGUUACAAUUUAUGGUUGUACGACUUGUGUGAUAUUUAUCUGGAAUACCUUAAACCAAUAUUCCAAAGUGAAGAUAACGCGGCUAAAUUAACGGCUCAAAAAGUAUUAUUUGUAACAUUGGACGUGGGAUUGCGUUUAUUGAGCCCAUUUAUGCCGUUUAUAACGGAAGAACUUUAUCAACGCUUACCUCGUAAGAAGUUAAUAUAUCCAAGUAUAUGUAUAAGUCCAUAUCCUGACAGUGCCAAGUGUCAUUGGAGAAACCAAGAGAUUGAAAAGGACGUUGAUUUCGCACAAAAAAUAAUUAAAAAUAUUCGAUCUGCUCGCGCGACUUACAAUCUGCCUAAUAAAACGAAAACCAAGGCAUAUGUCGCGUGUAGUGAUUUAGUUUUAAAGGAGAAUAUCGUUCGAUAUAAGUUACUCAUAGAAACUCUUGCAUAUUCUACACUUAGCAUAGCAAAACCACCAGUAGGAUGUGCUAUUGUCACUAUAACUGAUAAAGUUCAAGUGCAUCUAUUACUGAAGGGUUUGAUCGAUUCAAAGAAAGAAUUGGAAAAGCUACAAAAGAAGGAAACCCAAUUGAUCGAAAAUAUACAAAAAUUGAAACAGGACUUGGCUGCACCUGAUUAUGAUAUAAAAGUACCUGUUGAUAUUCAAAAGAGUAACAAGGAAAAAUUGGCCAAUAACGAAGUAUUAUCAAAUCGCAAGUGUUCGCACAACGAAUCUCGUGCCUGAGGCGAGUCACGGUCACGAAGACACCACGCUUGCUGUGCAUGCUGUUUCGUGAAGAAGGAUAGCGCGACGACGAUAGGUACUGUCGCGUACACCGAUUCCCAUGCUCCUGACAGGUUCGCCGUCGAACACGAUUCAGCCCUCUCGCGUGUGAGAAUCUCACGCUGGAAGUAAACUACCCGGUCGCGUAUCGCGAGUCUCUCAAAAACUUUUAAUUUCGCGACUACACUCGAGACGUCGCGUAGUCAAUCUCGUGAAGAAUUAUGGUCUCCUUCGCCGAUAAUCCUUCCCGUUCACAUUGAUGUGACGCGUCCUCCGGGUAGCGAAUCGUUAUUGGUUCCUGCAGGAUCUGUCACGAGAUGAAAACGCAAUUGGUGCCGGUACCGAUUGUGCACGCGCCCACGCGGCAAUCGCGUGCUGCUGGUUUCGCUGCUCCGGCUUGUGCUGCGUUUCCGAAGUCAACUGACGCUUGUUAGUCGGUGGAUCGAGUCUGUUGCUCGAAUUGCCUACUCGCAAUUGCGGCACUAUUUGAAAUAAGAUGCAUACGACAAUUUCAAUAUUGUAUUAGUUUUGAAUUCGGAAAAAAACAUCUCUAAAAUAUUUUUUAUGUUCUUUCCCGCUUGUUUGGGCAUUUUUAAAUUACUCAAAAAAAUUAUUAGAGACCUUAACAUUAACAUCCAAUAGAGAAAAAUAUGGAAAAUUAGAUCAAGGCUAUUGAACAAUUUUAUAAAUCGUGUUAAAAAAUAUUUGAAGAAUUGCCGGAAGAAAGGAGGAUUAUAAUGUCUUAUCAUCAGUAUGUUACGUCCGGUCGACUUCGAGAUUUCCUUAAUUUGUUGACCUUCGAAAAAUAAGUUUAAUAAAAGUGAUACGUUUUGUCGCUUAAUGUAUGAAAUAAUGCGAUAUUUUCAUAUAUUUUUAGCAUUGCAUUGAUAAAAAUCAGAGUUUUUUCAAUUCUUCAAAAGUGAGAUUUCUUGUUAUUUUUCAAACGACUAAUUUAAUUAUUUUUGUAAAGUACUCUAUACCCAUUUAUAUGUUACAAAAUCACUCGAUAUCUUGAGCUUUUAGUACGAAAA